AAAUUGCACGUCUCCUUCAAUCCACAGCGUCGCCAACAUACACGAUAAUCGAAAACUGCAGUGCUGCCAACAGUUGCCUUUUCAUGUUAAUUUUUCCAUAUUUGCACUUACAGCAACCUAUUUCCUAGUCUUAAUCACUCGUACACUUAGUCAAGCAUAUUGCUAAACACGACAAUCGAUUGUUUGGACGAGAAAAACACUAAUUUUAUAAUGUUAAUGACGUGUCGUUUGGCAUAGGGGAAAACGGACAACUAUUUCUAGUGAUUUUGACGUGGAAGUAACUAGGGCAUGCGCACUGUAACCUUACGUGGCAUACGAAGGGUUGAAAGUGAAGUGAUGUCCAAUAUUUAUUGUUUUUCAUAAAUUCUUCAUGCGAAAAUAACAUUGUAAGUGCUGGAUCAAGUGCUUUAAGUGUUGCUUAAACCUCGUGUUCACAGCAGCGAAAAAAACUGCGCCAACAAACGUGAAAUUUAAUUAAAUAUGUCUACAGUUUGUAAAAGUAUUUUAUCUUUUUUGUUUCCUUAUUUUUGUACUUCUAAAUUAAUUGUUAAUACGAGGUAUUUGGCAUUUUAUGCAAAGCUUCCUUGCUUCACUAAAUCAGGCACGUAUACCUUUUAAAUAACCUGGAAAUAUGUUUUAAAGGACUAGUUACAAUGAACCCCCAGUACCUCCCACCCCAGCAGUUUGGUGGGCCCCAAGUGUAUCCAAGCAGUCGUUCAUCACCUGGAACUUUGCCUCAAUCUGGACAAAACUUCCAGAAUAUUCCUCUAGGCCCUAGCAAACCUGGAUUACCACCUAUGUCUGUUGGUGGGCCUCCUCCCACAAGCAAUGCAGGUCAAUUUCCUCCACCAAGAUCUAUACCAUCAGGUCAGCUGCCUCCCUCUCAAGACCCCACCUCCUUCAACAGCGAAAAUGCAUCACUGAAUUUCACAAACGGUGCUCAGCAGUUUCAGAAUGGUUUUCCUGCUGUGAGCCAAGCCAGCAGACCACCAUUGAUGCCUGGUAAUUUACAAAGGCCCCCAUCAAAUCAACCUCCAGUAUCGCAUUCUGAGUCAAUGCCACCUCAGAACCAGCUCGGACCACUUCUGACAUCUCAAGGUCCAACGGGAAUGCCUCCACAAAACUCCCAACUGAGAGACUCAUCGCCCCAUUCAGUGCAAAAUCAACAACAUCCAAAUGUAUCAACUCCAUCUGGGGUACCUCAACACCAUGCUCCUCCCACAAGUCAGUCUCAAGGUCCUCCAUCUAUGGACAAAACCCAAUCCCCACAAGGUCAAAACAGACCACCUAGUGCAGGCCUUCCUGCGGGACAGAUUCAAGGUCCACCUGUGGGUCAACCUCCAUAUGGGAAUCAAAGUAAACCUGGGGAUCCACCACAGUUAGGUCAAAAUGCAAAAGGUCCAACUCAGCAACCAUUUGGUGGCCCACCUGUGAACCAGAAUGAACCUAGCUUGACUGGUCCUCCCACGGGUCAAAAUCAUCCCACUAAUGGUCCACCCACCAGCCAGAAUCAGCCAUUUGGUGUUUAUAAUCAAAACCAGAACCAACCAAUGCAACAAGCACCAAUGGGACCAAAUCAACCUCCUAUGGGUCAGAAUUUGCCACCUAUGGGGCAAAAUCAGCCUCCUAUGAAUCAGUUUUCUCCACCAGGUCCUCUGAAUGCUAUGAGUGGAUCUAUGCAAGGUAGUAUGGUAGGAGCACCAAAACCAUUCCAGCCACCUGUGCCAGGACCUCCUAUGCCAGGACAACUUAUACAAGGACCAGGGUCUAUGCCAGGGCAAUCUAUGCAAGGACCAGGAUCUAUGCCUCCAAUGCCAGGGCAACAUAUGCAAGGACCGGGAUCUAUGCCUCCAAUGCCAGGGCAACAUAUGCAAGGACCAGGAUCUGUGCCAGGUCAAGGACACAUGCCACCUAUGCAAGGACAACCACCUAUGCCAGGUCAGCCAUCAAUGCCUGGUCAAAGUCAGUAUGGACAAGGUUCGGUGCAGAGAGGACAGCAGAUGCGACCUCCUAUGCCAGGGCAAUAUAAUCCUUCGCAAAUCACAAAUCAAAUGCAAGGGAUGUCCUUGGGAGGUCAACAAAGAUAUCCUGGAAUGCAAGCCACGAAGCCGCCGAUCAAUGGAGAAAUGGGGCCACCACACAUGCCACCUGCAGGUGCGCAAUCCAGAGGACCGCCACCAGGACCCGGAUAUCCGCCUAUGCCUGGACAAGGCCCCAUGGGCGGUCAACAAGGUCCACCUGGCCCGAUGGGUGGACCACAGGGACCCAUGGGCGGGUAUCCACCUCAACAGGGCGGUUACAUGCAACAGCAGCAGCAGCAACAGCAAGCGAGGAGAUUGGACCCUGAUCAAAUGCCUAGCCCUAUACAAGUUACGCAGGAUGAUCAACAAACUAGAUCCGGUGUCUUUGUUACAAAUCAAACUGGUCUUGUACCGCCACUGGUCACAACAAACUUUGUGGUGCAAGAUCAAGGGAACGCUAGCCCGCGAUUCAUUAGGUCCACCAUGUAUAAUAUUCCCAUCAAUCAGGAUAUUAUCAAACAAACAGCUGUACCGUUCAGUUUGGUGAUCAGCCCUAUGGCGAGAACAAUUGAGGACGAGUAUCCUCCGCCGAUAGUGAACUUUGGUGAACUGGGGCCUGUGAGGUGCGUCAGAUGCAAGGCUUACAUGUGCCCCUAUAUGCAGUUUAUUGAUUCCGGGAGGAGAUUCCAGUGCCUUUUCUGCAAAGCCACAACUGAUCUCCCUACAGAGUAUUUCCAACACUUAGACCACACCGGCCAGCGUAUUGACCGUUUCGAAAGGCCCGAAUUGAUUCUGGGCGCUUACGAAUUCGUGGCAACUGCCGAUUACUGCCGAAACAACGUUUUGCCUAAACCCCCGGCCGUCAUUUUUAUCAUUGACGUGUCAUACAACAGCGUCAAGUCGGGAUUGGUGCAUCUGUUGUGUUCCCAGAUGAAGGAGAUCAUUCAGAAUCUGCCUGUCGACCAGGGGCACGAGAAAAGCAAUAUGAAAGUGGGAUUCAUCACGUACAAUAGCUCCGUGCAUUUCUAUAAUAUCAAGGGCACUUUAGCGGCGCCUCAAAUGUUGGUGGUCGGGGACGUGCAGGAAAUGUUCAUGCCGCUUUUGGACGGAUUUUUGAGUACUCCCGAAGAAUCAGAGGCUAUAAUCGACGCUUUGAUGGAGCAGAUUCCGAGCAUGUUCGCGGAUACAAGGGAAACUGAGACAGUAUUGCUACCUGCCAUUCAAGCUGGCUUGGAGGCCCUGAAGGCUUCCGAGUGUGCAGGCAAACUCCUAGUAUUCCACACGACCUUGCCGACGGCGGAAGCGCCUGGCAAACUGAAAAACAGAGACGACAGAAAACUGCUCGGCACUGACAAAGAGAAGACGAUCCUGACACCUCAAACGCAAGCUUACAACCAAUUGGGCCAAGAUUGCGUGGCCGCAGGCUGUUCAGUUGAUCUGUUUGUCGUAAAUAAUUCGUAUAUUGACGUCGCUACGGUCGGGCAGGUGUCGAGAUUGACCGGAGGGGAGGUCUUCAAAUACACAUAUUUCCAGGCUGAUUUAGACGGUGACAGACUAGUAAACGAUGUUGUCAUGGAUAUAAACAGACCAAUUGCAUUCGAUGCCAUCAUGAGGGUGAGAACUUCCACUGGAGUCAGACCUACUGAUUUCUACGGUCACUUUUAUAUGUCAAAUACAACUGAUAUGGAGUUAGCGGCAAUUGAUUGUGACAAAGCCGUUGGUAUAGAGAUCAAGCACGACGACAAACUGACAGAAGAGGAAAAUGUUUACGUGCAAGCUGCCUUGCUGUACACCUCCUGUUCGGGUCAACGGAGACUGCGAAUAUUGAAUUUAUCUUUCAAAUCGUGUUCGCAAAUGGCGGAUUUGUAUCGCAGUUGCGAACUAGAUACUUUGAUCAACUACAUCAGCAAACAAGCCGUGUACAAGUUGCUCGACAGCAAUCCGAAAGCCGUCAAAGAGGCCAUAGUGAGCAGAUCCGCGCAAAUACUCGCGGCGUACAGGAAGAAUUGCGCGUCGCCUAGCAGCGCAGGUCAGCUGAUCCUCCCCGAAUGCAUGAAGCUCCUCCCUCUGUACGUCAACUGUCUCCUGCGGAGCGACGCGCUGAGCGGAGGCAGCGACAUGACCGUAGAUGACCGGUCAUUCGUCAUGAUGGCCGUCAUGACCAUGGACGUGCCCUCGUCCCUCAACUACUUCUACCCGCGGUUGAUGCCGCUGCACGACUUGGAACCGCCCACCGGCGAUGGGCCUGUCACCAUUCCCGCCCCCAUCAGGUGUACUUACGAGAAGAUCGGAGAUCAAGGCGUGUACCUUUUAGAAAAUGGCAUUCACAUGUUCCUCUGGUUCGGCUUGGGCGUGAAUCCAGAAUUUAUCCAGAAGUUGUUUGGUGCUCCAUCUGCUAUUCAAGUGAACCUGGAAGCAGGACUUCCUGAGCUGGAAAAUCCUCUAAAUAUUGCUGUUAGGUCAAUUAUAGAAGAAGUUAGGAUACAGAGGCAUCGGUGUAUGAGGUUGACGUUGGUGAGGCAGCGCGAGAAACUGGAGCCGGUAUUCAAGCACUUUUUGGCUGAAGACCGCGGGACGGAUGGCUCGCCAAGCUACGUAGAUUUUUUGUGUCAUCUUCAUAAAGAAAUUAGGGCGUUACUAAGCUAGCAUAGAAAGUAGGGAUCUGUUGCCUGGUUUACUCCAAAUUUUGGUUAAAUAAGAAGCUAUUUUCUGUGCUGGCGAGUAUUUGAAUCUGAAAUUUCUUACGUGCUUCUUGUUUAACUGUAUCUAGUGUAAAAAUAUGUAAUUGUAUUCCGAAUCUUUAUUAUAUUUGUUUUUAGGUUAAAAAUAUAUAUAUUUACGUUAUUAAUGUUUUUUUAACGUUUAAUGAACUCACACUCUGAAUUGGUGUCUCUCCACAGUUGACGUACUUGGUUUUUAGUGUAAGUUCGUGUACAAAAGAAAUAUAUACACCAUAUUAUUUUUUUUAUUGGUUUCAAUUUACAUGUUCAAUAAAUAAAUUGAAAAGCAGCAUGUGUUUUUAUUAAGCGAUCCU